GAAUCUGAGGCUUCUAGUCCCUCCUGGCUUCCCGUUCACCAGGCCCGGGUGACGGCCUUAGCCGAGGCCGCCAUAUUGAAUAGGCUUCCCGGCUUCUAGGGGGCUCGGUGUGGUGCAGACAGUUCUGCAGCGCAGCCUCAGCGGCUCCGGGGAGAAGCAAUAUGUUAAGGAUACCUGUAAGAAGGGCCUUAGUAGGCCUUUCUAAGUCUCAUACAGGAUGUGUCAGAACAACUGCCACAGCCGCAAGCAACUUGAUUGAAGUAUUUGUCGAUGGUCAAUCUGUCAUGGUGGAACCAGGAACUACCGUCCUCCAAGCUUGUGAGAAGGUUGGCAUGCAGAUCCCUCGAUUCUGUUAUCAUGAAAGGUUGUCUGUUGCUGGAAACUGCAGGAUGUGCCUCGUUGAAAUUGAGAAAGCGCCUAAGGUUGUAGCUGCUUGUGCCAUGCCAGUAAUGAAAGGUUGGAAUAUCCUGACAAACUCAGAGAAAUCUAAGAAAGCCAGAGAAGGUGUGAUGGAGUUUUUAUUAGCAAAUCACCCACUGGACUGCCCUAUUUGUGACCAGGGAGGUGAAUGUGAUCUGCAGGACCAGUCUAUGAUGUUUGGAAGUGAUAGGAGCCGAUUUUUAGAGGGGAAACGUGCUGUGGAGGACAAGAACAUUGGGCCAUUGGUAAAGACUAUUAUGACAAGAUGUAUACAGUGUACUCGCUGCAUCAGGUUUGCAAGUGAGAUUGCAGGAGUAGAUGAUUUGGGAACAACAGGCAGAGGAAAUGAUAUGCAAGUUGGCACAUACAUUGAAAAGAUGUUCAUGUCUGAACUGUCUGGGAAUGUCAUUGAUAUCUGCCCUGUAGGUGCAUUGACCUCUAAGCCCUAUGCCUUUACUGCCCGGCCUUGGGAAACAAGAAAGACAGAAUCCAUUGAUGUAAUGGAUGCAGUUGGAAGUAACAUUGUGGUAAGCACAAGAACUGGAGAGGUGAUGAGGAUUUUGCCAAGGAUGCAUGAGGACAUCAAUGAAGAGUGGAUCUCUGAUAAAACUAGAUUUGCCUAUGAUGGGCUGAAACGUCAAAGACUUACUGAGCCGAUGGUCAGAAACGACAAGGGGCUUUUAACCUAUACCUCCUGGGAGGAUGCACUCUCUCGUGUAGCUGGAAUGUUCCAGAGUUUUCAAGGCAAGGAUAUCGCAGCAAUUGCAGGUGGCUUGGUGGAUGCUGAAGCCCUAGUAGCUCUCAAAGAUUUGCUUAAUAGAGUGGACUCUGACACCCUCUGCACUGAAGAGGUCUUCCCAACUGCAGGAGCUGGCACAGAUUUGCGUUCUAAUUAUCUUCUAAAUACUACAAUUGCUGGUGUGGAAGAGGCAGAUGUUGUCCUUCUGGUUGGUACAAAUCCACGAUUUGAGGCACCACUAUUUAAUGCUAGAAUUCGAAAGAGCUGGCUUCAUAAUGACUUAAAAGUGGCACUUAUAGGCAGCCCUGUGGAUCUCACUUACACAUAUGACCAUCUGGGAGAUUCCCCCAAAAUUCUUCAAGACAUUGCUUCGGGUAGUCAUCCAUUCAGCCAGGUUCUAAAGGAAGCUAAAAAACCAAUGGUGGUUUUAGGCAGUUCUGCACUCCAAAGAAACGAUGGGGCAGCAAUUCUUGCUGCUGUUUCCAGCAUUGCUCAAAAGGUUCGGAUGAGUAGUGGUGUUACUGGUGACUGGAAAGUUAUGAAUAUCCUUCAUAGGAUUGCAAGCCAAGUAGCUGCUUUAGACCUCGGCUAUAAACCUGGGGUGGAAGCAAUUCGGAAGAACCCUCCCAAAGUACUAUUCCUCCUAGGUGCAGAUGGAGGCUGUAUCACUCGGCAGGAUUUGCCAAAGGAUUGUUUCAUUAUUUAUCAAGGACAUCAUGGUGAUGUUGGAGCUCCUAUAGCUGAUGUCAUUCUCCCAGGCGCUGCUUACACAGAGAAGUCUGCUACUUAUGUCAAUACCGAAGGCCGAGCUCAGCAGACUAAAGUAGCAGUGACACCUCCUGGCUUGGCAAGAGAAGACUGGAAAAUUAUAAGAGCCCUCUCAGAGAUUGCAGGUAAAACUCUUCCAUAUGACACUCUGGAUCAAAUAAGGAACAGAUUGGAAGAAGUCUCUCCUAAUCUUGUUCGGUAUGAUGACGUUGAAGGAGCUAAUUACUUCCAGCAAGCAAGUGAGCUCUCCAAGCUAGUGAACCAGCAACUUCUUGCUGAUCCACUUGUUCCACCCCAGCUAACGAUAAAAGACUUCUACAUGACAGAUUCAAUUAGCAGAGCCUCACAGACAAUGGCCAAAUGUGUCAAAGCUGUCACAGAGGGUGCCCAGGCAGUAGAAGAACCAUCCAUAUGCUGAAAAAUCUACUAGGAAUACAGUUUUACUACAAACAGUUAAUGGACAGUUAUGUUGGAGUUGUCUAUUAGAGGUUCCUCUCUUCAAAAAUAAUAAUCUGAAUGAUGUAAUAUUUAAGGUUCUAUCAUGUUUAUUUGGAAACGAUAUUGCAAUCAUCAAAGAACUUGAGGUUCCAAAAACAUUUAUGUAUUGUGUGUAAACAUUAAAUAGUUGAAUAAACCUGUAUACAGAUGCUCUUACAUGUAAAAGCACUGAUAAUCUUUGUGAGAAAUAAAUCCUUAAA